AAAAUCGUCAAUUUCAUCAGAAGAAAUGUGGAAUUCGGCUCACAAUGCCAAAAAAGGGAAAAAAUCAAACUGAUGCGAAGUAGAGCAGUUCUCAUAGCAAUUUAUUUUUGGUAUACUGUCGCUAUCAGGCAACACUCUUCGCGUUCACCGCCGCAAUACGAUGCUUUGUUUCGCACAAUUUUACCGUUAUUGAAUGUGCACGACAACUCUAUCACCAUUAUGCAGCGUCUUGUCGAUUUGUUUUGUCGAUGUUGAGCAUUCAUUGUGUCGCAGUUUGAACACAUUGUGUCGCAGUUUGAACACCUACAGCAACUGGAUCCAGAUGGUUUUGGAGGGAAAAUCGAAGAUGGCAGAUUUCAUGGAAUCCAAACACAAUAGCGUCAGUGAUUUUCAACUGGUAGUCAACGAUUGCUUUGGUUUUGUCAGUGGUUAUUUCAACAGUUCGACCGCAUCAUUCAAAAAUGAAACACAAUUUCUGGAUGCAAAUGACAAUCAAUUCUUCUAUCCAUCGCGACUGUCGCUAUCGCCGCAACGCAAUGUAACAUUUCAACUGAGCACAAUCAGCGAAGAAGAAGAAGAUGAUGAACCGCCAUUGCUUGAAGAGCUCGAAAUUUACCCCGAACUAAUCCGAGAAAAGGCAAUGCUGAUGAUGAAUCCAUUCGCACGCGAUCAACUGGCAAACGAGAAAUUUUUGGCCGACACCGAUUUGUCAGGGCCGAUGUUUUUCUGCUUUCUCUUUGGUGCGUGCCUAUUUUUAGCCGGCAAAGUGUUCAUUUUCAGUCAUGUGUACUGUUUGUCGAUGGUGUCGGUGCUCGGAAUGUACGGACUGUUGAAGCUCAUGUGCUAUGGUCAUCACGAACACUUUGUUACACUGAAGGGGGUGGCCAGCGCAUUGGGAUAUGGUAUGCUGCAUUUGGUGUGGUUUUCAUUCAUGGGCAUUUUUAUGCGGCUCAACACACUCAAUGGCUUCAUUUUCGCUGUGCCUGCGGUGAUUCUGCCAACCAUCGUAUCCAGCCGCAUUUUGAGCAUGAUGUCAAAUCAACCGAACAAUGGCGCCCUGGUCGCAUAUCCAACGGCCUUGAUUUACAUCAUGUUCUCGUUUUUGGUUACUUUUUAAGACAGUCCGAAUGACUGAUAGCGUUUUAGAUUCGGAACCAUUUUGAAAAUGGCAUUUUUUUACUUACGAAAUUUUCUACCUUUUUACACGUUAACACAUUUUUCAUUUUCAUUUGAUCAUAAGUAAAUACAGUUUUCUAGUUUUACAUAAAAUAAGAUCAUUUUAUUCCAAACAAACACUUUCUAAGCCAAAUUCUCAAAAAAAAUCAUUUGUAAGCGAAAAAACAAAUGUGACACAAGUUUUUUUUUGGUAUUUUUCCAUAUUUCUUUUUUCUGUUGUUGUUUUUAUUUAAAUACAAUAAUUGCAUUCCCAUUCUAAGCACACUA